GGAAUGUACCAUAUGGUCCAUGCCGAAGGGGGUAGAGAGCAAGGAGGAGGGACUGGCAGCUAUGCAUUUCUUUACCUGCUUGUGAUCCGUGAGACUUCUUCAGGACCGACCCUGGAGGUGACAACCGGGCCUCUGAGUAUGAGGAGCAGGAGUGAGCUGCGGGAGCACUGAGCACCCGCACCCCCGUUGGGGUCGGUGGUCCAGCCUGAAGGGCCGCAGCCCCCGCCCUCCCAUGUGCUGGCCCCGCCCCGGCGGCGCCGCUCCUGCCGCCGCUACUGCUGCUGCUGCCGCGCCGGACGCUGCGGGCUAGCGCGCGGGGGCUGCGGCUGCGUGUCCCGGCGCGCGGCUGGGUGGCCUCGCCGGCCACGAGGACACAGCAGCAUGAAGCAGAGAUUAAGGUGACAGUGCCAGGUGGAUCAGCACCAUUCCACCGCCCCUCCGUGGAGCUGUGCCAAGAGUAGGGGAACAUGGAGGAGAGGAAGCAGGAGACAACGAACCAAGCUCACGUCCUCUUUGACCGCUUUGUCCAGGCCACCACCUGCAAGGGGACCCUCAGGGCCUUCCAAGAGCUCUGUGACCACCUGGAGCUGAAGCCCAAGGACUACCGGUCCUUCUACCACAAGCUCAAGUCCAAGCUCAACUACUGGAAGGCCAAAGCCCUCUGGGCCAAAUUGGACAAGCGGGGCAGUCACAAAGACUACAAAAAGGGCAAAGCCUGCACCAACACAAAGUGUCUCAUCAUUGGAGCUGGCCCCUGUGGGCUGCGCACAGCCAUCGACUUGUCCUUGUUGGGAGCCAAGGUGGUUGUUAUUGAAAAGCGAGAUGCCUUCUCCCGCAACAAUGUCUUACAUCUCUGGCCCUUCACCAUACACGAUCUCCGAGGCCUGGGUGCCAAGAAAUUCUACGGCAAGUUCUGUGCCGGAGCCAUCGACCAUAUCAGUAUCCGUCAGCUCCAGCUAAUCCUCUUGAAGGUAGCCUUGAUCUUGGGCAUUGAGAUCCAUGUCAAUGUGGAAUUCCAAGGACUUGUUCAGCCUCCCGAGGACCAAGAGAAUGAACGGAUAGGAUGGCGAGCAUUGGUGCACCCCAAAACUCAUCCUGUAUCAGAAUAUGAAUUUGAAGUUAUCAUCGGUGGAGAUGGGCGUAGGAACACCUUGGAAGGAUUUCGUCGAAAAGAAUUUCGUGGCAAGCUAGCCAUUGCCAUUACAGCAAAUUUUAUCAACCGCAACACAACCGCAGAGGCCAAAGUGGAGGAGAUUAGUGGCGUGGCUUUUAUAUUCAACCAAAAAUUUUUCCAGGAGCUGAGAGAAGCCACAGGUAUUGACUUAGAGAACAUCGUCUACUACAAAGAUGACACACACUACUUUGUCAUGACGGCCAAAAAGCAGAGUUUGCUGGACAAGGGGGUGAUCCUGCAUGACUACACAGACACGGAGCUGUUGCUUUCCCGGGAGAACGUGGACCAGGAGGCCCUGCUGAACUAUGCCCGGGAGGCCGCAGACUUCUCUACCCAGCAGCAGCUGCCUUCUCUGGAUUUCGCCAUCAAUCACUACGGGCAGCCAGACGUGGCCAUGUUUGACUUUACCUGCAUGUACGCCUCUGAAAAUGCCGCCUUGGUCCGGGAACAGAACGGACACCAGUUACUAGUAGCUUUGGUUGGAGACAGCCUCCUGGAGCCUUUCUGGCCAAUGGGGACAGGAAUAGCCCGGGGCUUUCUGGCUGCUAUGGACUCUGCCUGGAUGGUACGAAGCUGGUCUCUGGGCACCAGCCCCUUGGAAGUCCUGGCAGAAAGGGAAAGCAUUUAUAGGUUGCUGCCUCAGACCACCCCUGAGAACGUGAGCAAAAACUUCAGCCAAUAUAGCAUCGACCCUGUCACUAGGUAUCCCAAUAUCAACAUCAACUUCCUCAGGCCAAGCCAGGUGCGCCAUUUAUACGAUAGCGGAGAAACAAAAGAUAUCCACCUGGAAAUGGAGAACAUGGUGAAUCCCCGAACCACUCCCAAGCUGACUCGCAACGAGUCUGUAGCUCGUUCAAGCAAACUGCUGGGGUGGUGCCAAAGGCAGACAGAAGGCUAUUCAGGAGUCAAUGUGACAGAUCUCACUAUGUCUUGGAAAAGUGGCCUGGCCCUGUGUGCGAUCAUCCACAGAUACCGCCCCGAUCUAAUAGACUUUGAUUCUUUGGAUGAGCAAAACGUGGAGAAGAAUAAUCAGCUGGCCUUUGACAUCGCUGAGAAGGAACUGGGUAUCUCUCCCAUCAUGACGGGCAAGGAGAUGGCUUCGGUCGGGGAGCCAGACAAGCUGUCCAUGGUGAUGUACCUCACGCAGUUCUACGAGAUGUUCAAGGACUCGCUCUCCUCCAGCGACACCCUCGACCUGAAUGCAGAGGAGAAAGCCGUCCUGAUAGCCAGCACCAAAUCCCCCAUCUCCUUCCUGAGCAAACUCGGACAGACCAUCUCUCGGAAGCGUUCGCCCAAGGAUAAAAAAGAAAAGGACUCAGAUGGGGCUGGAAAGAGGAGAAAAACCAGUCAGUCAGAGGAGGAGGAGCCUCCCCGGAGCUACAAAGGAGAAAGACCGACCCUGGUGAGCACCCUGACGGACAGACGGAUGGAUGCUGCCGUUGGGAACCAGAACAAAGUGAAGUACAUGGCGACCCAGCUGCUGGCCAAGUUUGAAGAGAACGCACCUGCUCAGUCCACUGGUGUGAGGAGACAGCCAACACAAGAGCGUGGGGUCAGCCAGCCGUCCUGCUACCUGCCAAAGCAGGGUCGCCCUGCUCCCAUCCCCCAGUGGAAACAGCGACGGGAAAAGGAGCGCUCUCGGACCUGCCCCAAAAAAGUGAUCACUCUCUCUCCUACCCCUACUCCACCUUCCUGCCGGGCGUGCAGUGGCCAGCAGAUGUACAGGACUCUUCAUGCUGACAGCCGUGGCAAGCAGGAUCCCCACCUCAAGAGGCCAGAGCCUGAGCCUUCACGUCGAUUUUUUGUUGACCAGUGGGAGCUCUCCCUUAGCCUCCGCUCCUCCACCCGCCCUGCCUCUCCCUCCUCUGACUCCCUCCGACAGAAGUAUAUAAAGAUGUACACAGGCGGAGUGAGCUCAUUGGCUGAGCAGAUAGCCAAUCAGCUUCAAAGGAAAGAGCAACCCAAAACCCUUCUAGACAAGAAGGAACUGGGCUCCAUAAAGAAAGAGUUCCCGCAGAACUUGGGGGGCAGCGACACGUGCUAUUUCUGCCAAAAGCGGGUCUACGUGAUGGAGAGGCUGAGCGCCGAGGGCAAGUUCUUCCAUCGAAGCUGCUUCAAGUGUGAGUACUGUGCCACCACGCUGCGCCUAUCAGCCUACGCCUACGACAUCGAGGAUGGCAAAUUCUACUGUAAGCCGCACUACUGUUACCGACUAUCUGGCUACGCGCAAAGGAAGAGGCCAGCGGUGGCUCCUCUGUCUGGAAAGGAAGUCAAAGGAGCCCUGCAGGAUGGCCCCACUGCAGAUGCAAAUGGACUGGCCAGCGUUGCCGCCAGCUCAGCCGAGAGAAGUCCAGGUACCAGCAUGAACGGCCUGGAGGAGCCCAGCAUUGCCAAAAGGCUGAGGGGCACCCCCGAGAGGAUCGAGCUGGAGAACUACCGCCGAUCUGUGAGGCAGGUGGAGGAGCUGGAGGAGGUACCCGAGGAGACACAGGCCGAGCAUAACCUGAGCAGCGUCUUAGACAAAGGCACCGAAGAGGAUGUGGCCAGCAGCAGUUCUGAGUCGGAGAUGGAGGAGGAGGAAGAGGAAGAUGACGAAGAUGAUCAUCUCCCCACCUCUGACCUGGGCGGGGUUCCCUGGAAGGAGGCAGUCAGGAUCCAUGCCCUUCUGAAGGGAAGGAGUGAAGAGGAGCUGGAAGCCUCCAAGAACUUCGAGCCCGAGGAAGAAGAAGAGGAGGAGGAAUACGAAGAAGAGGAUGAAGAGUAUGAGGAGGAGGAAGAGGAGGAAUCCAGUGAAGAAGGGGAGUACUGCCCCUGGGACAGAGAACUCCUACAAGGCCAGUGGCUCCAGCAUCUCUCAAAGGAAGAAGAAAUGGGUACAUGUGAAGCCGGGAACAAGAGGCUGCAGCAGAUCAUAACCGCAGCGGAUCCCUUGGCGAUCCAGGCUGAUGUGCACUGGACACACAUCCGUGAGAGAGAGGCAGAGGAGAGGAUGCUCCCAACCUCUGAGUCCUCCACUUCUAGAGUGACCGGCCUUCCCUCCGUACGCCGCGCAGCAGUGCAGGCCUGGUUGGAGACUGUCUCCGGAGCUCCUCUAGAUGAGGAUGACCUAGAAGAGGACGCGGACUCUGAGCCAGCAGAGACUGAAGGGGAAGCCGCGGAGGAUGGGGACCCUGGAGACACCGGUGCUGAACUGGAUGAUCAGCACUGGUCUGACGACAUCCCUUCUGAUGCUGAAGCGGAGCAUCGCUUACAGAGCCAGGCCAAGGUGAAAGCAGAGCUGGAGCUGAGAGUAUCGGAAAACGAGGAAGAGAAGCCAUCUGAUGCGCCAAAGCAAGAGGAGAGAGGUACUUCCCAAGUCUCCAGCCCUAGCCAGCCACCUGAGAAACAAGUUGGUGUGUUCUCCCCAGCUCGCAGCCCUGGGACAGAGGAGGCCAAAUCCCCACUUGCCACCAAGGUAAAGUCCCCCGAGGAGCCACUUUUCCCCACGCCUCUGCUCCUCAGAGAAAAGCCCAAAGCUGAAGUCCCUGAAGAACAGAAAGCUGUACUCUCGCCCAUCCGGUCACAGCCUGUGGCCCUGCCAGAAGCCAGAUCACCUACCUCACCCACCAGCUUACAGCCAGAGUCUCUGUUGGCCCCUCCCACUCCUCCCACACCUCCCCCCACCCAACUCCCCAUCUGUUCCCAACCUCAGCCCUCCUCGGAUGCCUCCAUCCCAUCGCCCACCAAGUCCCCCAUACGCUUCCAGCCAGUUCCAGCCAAAACAUCCACACCCCUCACCCCACUCCCCGUGAAGAGCCAAGGAGACCCCAAAGACAGACUGAGUGGCCCCCUGGCUGUGGAGGAGGUCUUAAAGCGGAGUGAUCUGGUGGAAGAAUUCUGGAUGAAGAGUGCUGAGAUCCGCCGCAGCCUGGGCCUUACUCCCGUGGACCGGAGCAAGGGGUCAGAGCCCAGCCUCCCCUCCCCUGCCUCGAAGCCAAUAUCCCUAAAGUCCUACUCAGUUGACAAGUCACCUCAGGAUGAGGGUCUCUGCCUUCUGAAACCUCCAUCGGUUCCUAAAAGGUUGGGCCUACCAAAGUCAGCCGGUGACCAGCCCCCACUGCUGACCCCAAAGUCGCCCUCCGACAAGGAGCUGAGGAGCAGCCAGGAGGAGCGAAGGGACCUGUCCAGCAGCUCAGGCCUGGGCCUCCAUGAUAGCUCCUCCAACAUGAAGACCUUGGGCAGCCAGAGCUUCAACACCUCGGACUCCACCAUGCUCACCCCACCUUCCAGCCCACCCCCACCCCCACCCCCCAACGAGGAGCCUGCAACCCUUCGAAGGAAACCCCAUCAGACUUUUGAGCGCAGGGAGGCCUCAAUUAUCCCCCCUCCCACCCCUGCCUCAUUCAUGCGGCCCCCACGGGAGCCGGCCCAGCCCCCCAGGGAGGAGGUUCGGAAGUCCUUCGUGGAGAGUGUGGAUGAGAUCCCCUUUGCCGACGAUGUGGAGGACACUUACGAUGAUAAGACGGAGGACUCCAGUCUGCAGGAGAAGUUCUUCACACCCCCUUCCUGCUGGUCCCGCUCGGAGAAGCUCCAGGCCAAGGAGAACGGGCGACUCCCACCCCUGGAGCAGGACGUGCCACCACAGAAAAGGGGGCUGCCCCUGGUCUCCGCGGAAGCCAAGGAGCUGGCCGAGGAGCGCAUGCGCGCCCGGGAGAAGUCUGUGAAGAGCCAGGCACUGCGAGAUGCCAUGGCCAAACAGCUGAGCCGGAUGCAGGCCAUGGAGAUGGUGUCCUCCAGGUCCCACACGGCACAAUCGCAGGGCAAGGAACUAGGAUCCGAGUCCACCAGACACCCAAGCCUCCGAGGCACCCAGGAGCCCACCCUGAAGCAUGAAGCCACCAGCGAAGAGAUCCUCUCCCCUCCGUCAGACUCAGGAGGCCCCGAUGGCUCCGUCACCUCAUCUGAGGGCUCCAGUGGAAAGAGCAAAAAGAGGUCGUCGCUCUUCUCCCCCCGCAGGAAUAAGAAAGAGAAGAAAACCAAAGGGGAAGCCCGGCCCCCCGAGAAACCCAGCCCAGGCCUCCCAGAAGAUGUGGUAGCCAAGCCCAAGUCCCUGUGGAAAUCUGUCUUCUCUGGGUACAAGAAGGACAAGAAGAAAAAGAGCGACGAGAAAUCGUGUUCCAGCACGCCGUCCAGUGGCGCCACGGUGGACUCCGGCCAGCGCAGGGCGUCUCCAAUGGUGAGAGCAGAGCUGCAGCUCCGCCGCCAGCUGAGUUUCUCAGAGGACUCAGACCUGUCCAGUGAUGACAUCCUUGAGAGGUCUUCCCAGAAGUCCAAGCGAGAGUCGAUUUAUGUACCACACGCCUUGGCAUUCAGGAGAGCCUGUUCAUCAAAGCCCAGAACCUACACAGAGGAGGAGCUGAGUGCCAAGCUGACGAGGCGUGUGCAGAAGGCGGCUCGGAGACAGGCUAAGCAGGAGGAACUGAAGCGGCUGCACCGAGCCCAGAUCAUCCAGCGGCAACUGGAGCAAGUGGAAGAGAAACAGAGGCAGCUGGAGGAGAGGGGCGUUGCAGUAGAGAAGGCUCUUCGAGGAGAAGCAGGUUUUCUGAGUCGAUGGCACCCUCCAGGUCCAGCGCUUACCUAUGUUCAGGCAGCCCAGACAACCUAGGCCUGCUCCCCAGCCCGUCCCUCAGCUUGCUGUUGCCAGGAGGAACGAAACCCCGGGCCCUGUCACCUGUUGGUGGCGAGCCCUGGGCUUCCUCUUCCUCUCCCUGUUCCUCCUCCUCCUCCCUCCCCACCGUUUUCUCUUGAAGAAGAUGUCUGUGAGUAAGGGAGAUUGUCCCACAAGGAACCAUCACAGAACCUCACUGGACAGGCCUUAGCCUGCUCUCCCGAGUGCUUCUCCUGUCCUCAAUUCCCUGGGCUCCCUCUAGCCCAAGCUACACAGCCACAGAGCCUGCCUCCUCUCUCAUGAGGGGCUUCUGGCUGCCCAUGCACUCAGAUUUCCACCGGUGAGCCCCGGCUUGUGUCCACCGAAGGCCAUGUCACGAAGAGCAGUAUUGGAGAGGCUCUGGCUUUUGAUCAGCUAUUGUAAAAUAGGCAUGGGAGCUGGGCGUGGUGGCACGCCUUUAAUCCCAGCACUUGGGAGGCAGAGGCAGGCGGAUUUCUGAGUUCGAGGCCAGCCUGGUCUACAGGGCUACACAGAGAAACCCUGUCUCGAAAAACCAAAAAUAAAAAAUAAAAUAAAUUAAAAAAUAAAAUAAAAUAGGCAUGGGACACUCUUACAAGGGCUAUGUGGUUGGGACAUGCUAGACUUGACACUGGUGGGUACAGAGAAGACAAAGAGGUGUCUGAACUAUCUCUGGGCCCAUGGUCAGCCCAGCCUCAGGCAUGGAAUGAUUGACCUCUGCUAACACAAGAUGCAGGGCCUGGACGGGGAGCCUCUCAUCUUCAUAGGUGGCCAGUGGUCUAAGGGCUCAGCGUCCAUAACGUAAGGCAAGGAAAAAGAUAAGUCAGAGCCUCUUGUGAUUUCCUUCCAGAAACAGGAAAUAAGCUGGAAGGAAGAACACUUCCCGGCAGGCAAGCUAUCAAGCAAAUAGUUCAGACAGGGCCAGCUGCCGCCUCGUGGGCUUUCUGAAUACUGGCCACUGGUCUAGCCAGUUUAGGAGUCCAGGCAGGCACAGAAGCAAAUCUUUAUUCAGGUCCUUUAAGUCUCAGAAAUGGUGCUCAUUGGUGGGCUCGGUGCUAGUCCUCGGGCAAAGAUGUGUCAGAGAGAUGAGGAUGUGGAUGUUUGGGGGUGGUGCUUCACCUGAUGCGGGUUGUGAUGCUGUGAAACCCAGGCUACCAAAGGGGAUACAAAAGCUUAAGCCACUUUGUAUCCAGUGAGUUGAGAAGACCGGAACCACUGGUCCAAGGAACACUGGCUCUCAUGCCAAGCAGUGAAGAGGAGAUUCACCCACACAUUUUCUUGGCUUUCCAAUGCACCACCAUACUAAUGGUGUCUCCAGCCGCCCGAAGGCCUCUCGCUGUUCCUCUUCCUCUGACUGAUCUCCUCCGUGCAGCCCAUACUGGAUGGGGUUAAUCCUCCCUCCAGAGAGCCCUGGCUACAGAGCUGGAAAGCCCUGUCCUCUCUACCACUCUCUUCAUGUACCAAGUGCCAGCAGGAGACUUGGAGCAAGCCUCUCACCUUUCUCCAGAUUCCUUCAGCUGAGGGGCAGCUCUAUCCCACAUCAGUAGUUGGCAUUACUAUCUAGGAUCCUGGUUCAUAGAGUUUCCCAAGGAUGCUCUGUCCUGGAGCUCUGCUUGGAGGCUCAAAGGAUAACCAUUUGAUUGAUGGUUUCUGCAAAGUGCUUAAGGUUCUCGCAGCUGAAGUCUGUUUCUGCAUUUAUGUAAAAGGCAUGUCACUCCGGCUGCUACCGGUGAGCCAGAAAAUGAUGCCAUUAAAAAUUGACAGAGCAGCCAGAGAGAUGGCUCAACAGUUAAGAUCGCAUACUGCUCUCUCAGAGGACCAGAGUUCAGUUUCCAGCACUCACAUCAGGCGGCUCACAGCAGUCUGUAACUCCAGCUCUAGGGGAGGGAGCUGUCUCCUGUUUCUGAACCUCACAGAUGUCAGUGUCACGUGUAUACUCACGCACACGCACACAAUCUGAAUUUAUCCUAACUCAGUUGGCAGGAGAGCCCAUUGGAUACAAAUUGUUAGUUGAGGCCUAAAAUCCAAAAGAAUUAUUCUAAAUUGUGGUUGUUGGGAUUUGUUGAUUGGUUGGUUUGUUUUUGUUUUUUAAUGCACACAUGAAAGUGCUUGCUUAGUGAGAGCUUCAGAUAUUCGGAAACCUGAGCGCCAUGCUUAGGGUGUCCCAGAGGGCGCAUGUGUUUGCUCUUAGUGGGAGCCUUUAGCAGCUCACAGGGACAUCUCAACACCUGCAAAUAUGGCCAAUGCAGGCGCUCACAAAUAAGAGCAGCUGACUCACCGACAGUCAUUCAUAUUCUUUCUAAAACAAAGAACAAAGAUAGGGGCUAGAGAGAUGGCUCAGCAGUGAAGAGGGCUUGGUGGCUGUGCAGGGGACCUGGGUCUUAUUCCAAGCACCCACAUGACUGUUCACUGCCAUCUGUAACUUCAGUUCCAUGGGAUCCAAUGUCCUCCACAGACACCAGACAUGUGUGCAUGUAGACAAAACACUCAUACACAUAAAAUAAAAAGAAAUCUUUAAGAAAAUGAUAAACAAGAAGCUCACAAACAUAAAGAGGAACGCCAGGUAUGCUAUACUGUGCUGGCGUGAUACCUUAGCCACUUGGAAACACCAGCAGUGCGCUCUGAAGCCAGCAGCUCUUAAGCCUUAUAGGGACCCUACUCCAGGAUCCCCACACAGUGGCACCUGAUCCCUGUCACAGCCAUCAGGACUUGAAUUAACUCACUUCUUAUCAAUGUAUGUAUGACAAGUUGCAAAUUCUUGUACAUGAAGCAGAAGAAACUUGGACCACACAGCUCCCCCAAAGGCAGGUUUAGCUGUAGGUUUUCAGUGGGCAUGUGCAGUACUUGACCAAGCUGUGCAUUAAGUCUUCAAAAGUUAAAACUGGCUGUGGGCCAGCUAUCUGGGAGUCCCCCCGGGAGCCCCUCUUGAAGAGCCCUAGGAUUCAACAGAAGUUUGAAAGCCAUGUUCUAGUCCAACUCCUGACUAUAGGCAGAUCUUUGCAAACCCUCCUGGACCAGAAGGUGAGGCUGCGUCUACGGGUGCACCUUAGAGGCUCUUGGAACAUCUCCCUAUGAUGCGUUUGUAUUUCCAAAAAAACUCUUCUCCUGUUCUUAUACUUAACCCUCCACGCCCAGCACUGGUCAGUUUUCGGUGACCUUGUCCCCGACAGAGACCAUCUUGGAGACUGAGUCUGGUGGCAGCAGCUUUCUCGCUGUUUCUCAUUCCAUUCCACUUAGCAGUCUCACUGACUGAGCAAGGAACACGGCAGCUUCUAGCUACACGACUGGGCUGUCUCCCUGAGCUGUGCCAAGCUGGCCAGAACCUGCCAUUCUGGCUCAUGUGGUCACUUCAAGACUCCAUUGCUGUCAAAGGGGUCAUGCUUUGUUAGCCAAGAUGCCCUUCCAGAGAAGAGAUCUGGUCUGGAGUUGCUGUCAGGUUACCUGUAUGUGUCAAAGACUUUUAUAUACCCAGGCCGCACGGAUUGGGCUCCAGGGCAAGGCUAAGACUUGUGGGAUUCUUAUCCUGGAAAUGGAGGGGAGCUUCUCUGUUUCUCUGACUCAAGCCUAGAACCACUGGACUGGCCUCAGACACGAGCUGGGAAGCCACCAAGGGCACUCAGCUCUCUGACAUCCCAUCCUUAAAAGAGAAAGAUGUGGUUGCCAGGAUCAGCAUCCAGACUGUGAGGCACAGAGAAUGCCAGAUGUUUUGUUGUUCUCUGGGCCCUAAAAACUGCCGGCUCAAGACCCACUGCCACCAGGCACCUUAAGCUGCUGGACAGCUCCUGGAGCAGAGAAACAAGGAAGGCCUGUGGCCGCAGCCCCAGAUCAUAGAGGGUAGGAAAUGUGCCAGUGUCCCAGCUCAUGUUUCUUACCUUGAAAGAAACGGUUCUCUGAAGAUGGGACACCUAAACCCCAGAAGACAUGGGAGCCUCGUCUGCAGCCAGCCCAGCGCAGUGGUUUCUGUGGAAAGCACGGGCACCGCUAAUGGCGUCACUUGCAAGUUCCUUGGUUUCCUGAGCUUUCUGUUUUCCUGUCUUUACCACACAGUGUUCGCAUCUUGAAAGCCUUAGCUCAGAACCUCUAAUAUUCAGAAAGUAAGUCAGAGAGAGGCCUCUGUUCUAGCCUUAGACUUUCUUAGAGCUUCGGGAGGGUACCUUCCAGCAGGGUUGGUGUUCCCAGCCGCGCCAAGCCCCAUCCUCCCCGAGCGGAGGUCGGAGCAGGAAUCUCCCUAAUGUUGUCUGGCGACUCCAUCUGUAGUGGUGUUUGGUGCCCCGCACCCCCCUGCACCCCCUUCAUACCACGAGCUGCAGAGCUGGCCUGUGUGUGUGCAUGGCAUGCUUUUCAGACAUGCACGCGUUCCAGCUGCUCCACUGGGCUCUCUCACAAUAUUCCUGUCUGUUUUAUCUGUUAUGCCCUUGAUAGCUUUUGGGUCGGGGUGGCAGCAGGGUCAUCCGAUCCAAUAACUCUGUCUUCACCAAUUCCUUG